AUGCCCUGUCACUUUAUCACAGAUCAGCCCUACGGCAAAAGUUACAUGUCUGGGCCUCACUACGUAGAGCCCCGUCGCCACCACACCUACUUCGAAGCAUCCUUUCCACCACCAAACACUUCCUUCCGACCCAUACAAACAGGCACUCGGACGCACACCAGCCCGGCGCGAAUACCGCAGUACAGCCACCCAUCACACAAGAACGAUCCCAAAAAGGCGGCAAUCAAACACGUGCACUUCGACCUGCCUGAUUCGCGGCAAAGCACAGUCAAGAUAGCCAUCGAACAAAGACAACAAGACAUGCAACAGCAACGACUAGAAGAACGAGAGAGAAACGAACGACCAGCUCUAUACCGUCAGCCCACUCCCUUACCCCAAAAACGCGAAGGCCACACAUCAAGACCGCCCUACCCAUCGCCCCCAUACAACCACAACACCUACCAGCAGCACCAUCAGCACCAUCACUACCACCAACAACAACAACCAUACAACACCACACCUACACUCCCCCCAUCCCGGCCAACAAUCUACAUAAUCUCCUACUCCACCGACAUCACACGCACCGAAUCCGCCGCCACCACCCUCCUCGCAUCCCAAGUCCCCCACCGCACCCCGCCAAUCCGCCACCUCUACACCAUCGACGCACGCAACAUGCAGCCACCCUCGCCUUUCCUGUGCGCCCGCUACUCAGGCAUUGCGCCUCUAAUCCAGGAUAUCGUCAUGCAAGAUGUAGCCGCACAGAAGGCGGUGCAGACGGCGGUUAGCGAGUUGUUAUUGCGGUUUGGGAGUGAGGGCGGAGCCAUGGAGUGUAAAUCAUGUACAAGAAAUCAGUGCUUGAUGCUUCUUAAUUGA